GUUGAAGUUGGACGUUCCAGCUGGGUUCUUCUUUCUCUGGCGAUCAUGAGAAGCAGCUGGGCUCCAGUUACUGAUAUUAGAAGACAUACACUAGUGCCAUCUAACACUGCUUUCGUGGUGCUCAUUUAGGACUAUUAUAAUGCCUCAAGUAAUAGCACAGCGGUGCUGGCUUCUGGAAUUAAGACGUGUGUAGAGAUCUGAUUCUCCAUGUAACUGAAGAGGAAGCACGCCGCCAAUGACAGUGAAAGUUUCCUGUUUAAGGAAAUUAAUUAAGGUGUCGACUCACUGAUGAUCAUCCUAUAAAUACAGCUGAGCUGAACUGAGUUGAUCCAUCCUGUUCCUCUCCAGUCUCCAACCGCUAGCUAUAGAGGAGGAGACAAUGGCAAGUAGCCAUGGCUUGGCACUGGGACUGAGCUUCCUCCUCCUCGUGGUCAUCGUGCAGAGCGAGAAGCAGCAGCAGAAUACUACGGUGGUGAGCCAUCUCCCUGGCUACCAUGGACCUCUCCCCUUCUCCCUGCAGACAGGCUACGUGGAAGUGGACAAAGGCAACGGCGUCCGCCUCUUCUAUUACUUCAUUCAGUCAGAGAGGAGUCCGGCAGAGGAUCCCGUCUUGCUUUGGCUCACCGGCGGCCCCGGGUGCUCCGCCUUCUCCGGCCUCGUCUAUGAGAUCGGUCCUCUCAGUUUCCAGUCUCAUUCCUAUGUCGAUGGCCUGCCAGAGCUGGUGCACAGGCCAGAUUCCUGGACCAAGGUGGCCAAUAUAAUCUUCCUUGAUUCCCCUGUUGGAGCUGGCUUCUCAUACGCUGCAACAGAUGAUGGAUACAAGUCCUCCGAUACCAUAACCAUUAACCAAAUUGCCAUCUUCCUUACCAAGUGGUACGAGGAGCAUUCAGAAUUCUUACUGAAUCCACUUUACAUUGCCGGAGAUUCGUAUUCUGGCUUAAUUGUGCCACCUCUAACCUUUCGAAUUGCUAGAGGUAUAAAAACGGAUGACAGGCCGCUUCUUAAUUUGAAGGGUUACAUCAUCGGCAACCCAUUAACGGACGUCAAGAUCGAUAUGGCAGCCAAAGUUCCAUAUGCCCAUAUGAUGGGUCUCAUAUCCGAUGAACAAUAUGAGAUAUACAGGGAAAGUUGCAGCUCAGUCACCGGUAUGCCCCAAAACAUGCGAUGCACAAAUUGUCUUGAUGCAAUAGAUAAGUGUUUGAAGGGCAUAAACACACAUCACAUUCUUGAACCUGAAUGUUCCGAAUACGAUGGAAAUUCAAGUGGCGACAGGAUGCUGCUUGACUACAACAGUGGACAGCUCCCCUUGUCUGAUAUUUCUUCAGAGUGCAGAGAUACAGGAUACACUAUGUCCAGUAUAUGGGCAAAUGACAGGGCGGUAAGAGAGGCUCUGGGUGUCCACACGGAAACGGUUCCUUUGUGGGUGAGAUGCAACCACGGCAUGCCAUACACCACUGACAUAUGGAGCAGCUUGGAGUAUCACCGAAGUGUCACCAGCAGAGGAUACCGGAGUCUGAUUUACAGUGGGGAUCAUGACAUGACCGUGCCUUUCAUCGGCACCCAGGCGUGGAUCCGGUCACUCGGCUUCGCCGUCGUGGAUGAGUGGAGGCCGUGGUAUGUCACCGGACAAGUUGCAGGGUUUGCGACGGUGUAUUACAAUAACAUCACCUUUGCAACAGUCAAGGGCGCUGGUCACACAGCUCCGGAGUACAAGCCCAAGCAGUGCUUGGCCAUGGUGUCCAGCUGGCUCUCCAACAGUCCGCUCUGACUUGUCUAUCUUCUCGCACGUAUGGAACGGGAUACUUAUGCAUAUCAACGAUUUUCGAAAAGAAUAACUUGUACCACCGUGACCUAUUGUUACGAAGAACUGCGGUACUGUUAGUCCUGCAGUCGAUCACCUCUGCUGCUCUGUGCGUGUGCACGCCGGCGCAUGUGUUCAUUUUGGGUGAUUGUUGUACUAGUGUUUUUCUUUC